UGUAACAGAGCAGGCAGGUGUCAUGGUACCUACAAAUGAUGCUUCCAGUGUAUCACUUUGACUAGUGUGGACCAAGCAAGCGACAGGAAUCAUGAAUCGGAUACACGAGUGGGGCUUCACGCCCAAGCAAAUGAGCCUGGAGGAGGGCUUCUUCAUCGACUACGGCGAGGAGGAGGAAAUAGUCUCUUACCAAGACCCCGGUCAACUUGUGGCGGCUUUGAAACAAAAGGAGGAAGAGGUUAUUUUGGCAGCCCAGCUGGGGAACGCGUUGCUCCUGGAAAACCGACAGCUAAAAGAGCAGAGCGACAAACUACAUGAGCAGUACGCCGAUAAGCUGGAGGUGCUGGAGCAGGGCAGGCAUGAGCUACGCUUGAAGCUGGAGAACUGCCAGUCCCAGUGGGAGAGUCAGGUGGGCUACCUGGAGAGGGAUGUGAGGGAUCUGAGCUCUCAGGUGCAGCAUCUCGCUCAGGCCCUGUGCCAAGCCGAGAGGGACAAGACCCGAGCUCAGUUGGAGAACAGCGAGAACACACAGAAACUGAGGGAUCAGCUAAACACUGCGAUGGAGGUGGAGAGGGUCAUGUCCAGUGAAUUACAGAUGCUAAAACAGGACCGGCAAGAAAAAGCAAUCCAUAGUCGGCCUCAGGAUGAGGAGUUGAUCAGCGCCAUGAAGGAGCAGGUUUUGCGUCUCACUCAAAGGGAACAGGAAUUGGAGGAACGUUUGGAGAACCUCUGUCAGGAGAACACUGAGCUAAGAACCAACCUGGCCUCUUUAAACACACGUCUAGCUUUGCACGACCAACUCAACCAGCAGCACAGCCAGCAGUUAGCCGAAGCGCGACAGGAGGUGGAGCUGGCACGGGGCUGCUCACAGCGGCUUCAAGCACAGGUGGAUGAUCUUAUGGAGCAGGUGGCCCUCCAGGAAUCCAAGAGCCUCGGAGAUGCUUCUCUUCUGUCAGAGUUAGAUAUGGCUGACUUAUGCGUCAGUAAAGAAGAGCUCACAGAAGAACUGGGUUGUAUCCUGCAAAUACUACUGCCACUGACGCAGGAAGAGAGCAGUGUAAGCUGUUCUAAUGAUACAGAUCAAGAGGAGAGUUUGAAUCUUGUUCUACAACAGUUGAAGGCUGUGGCUCAAUCUCUGGUACAAGCGUCUGGGUCUGAGACUUCCCAACUGCGGCAGGAGAAUACUGAAUUGAGAAAUAGUCUGCAGAGCGUCCACGAACAGACUGAAGUCAUCCGACAAGCCAUCAGAGACAGAGAUGAAGCCAUUGCCAAGAAAAAUCUGAUGGAAGCUGAGUUGGUCCGAAGUAAAAAUGACAUGAUGUCUCUUAAUAAUCAAUUAUUAGAUGCUAUCCAGCGUAAACUGGAGCUUUCACAGGAGUUGGAAGCCUGGCAGGACGACAUCCAGAUCGUCAUCAACCAGCAGCUGAGGUCCCAGCAGCAGUCAGAGCAACCUCAGAAGAAGAUGACCCCACACGGCAUGUCCUUCUUUCGUAAGCCCAGCAAGACCGUUUUCCCUUGGAGUGUAGAUGCCAAUCAGGACAAGGUCCAGUCUCCUUGGAGGGACUGGUUAAGACGAGGUAAAGGAGUAUCAUAUAGCAAAUAAAACUGUACCUAAUGGCCGCUCAGGACAAGCGUCAGAAAGUCAUGGAGGGAAUCGUGUUUGGUGAAAUGUAGCCAUAAAGACACUGAACAACAGAGCACACUUACAUAAAGCUAGCCUUCUUAUACUGUGACAAACCUGCAAUCUUUUUUUUUCUUAUUGGGUUUGCUUUAAGAUUGUAAAUAUUUUGUAAAUGUUUGAAAUAUGAUGUGUGACAGAGGCAGCUGUAAGGUUUUGCUGACCUUUAUUACAAAACAGAUGGGGAAGGAACAAAAAAAAAUAUUAUUUUUACUGGAUUGUGCUUUUUUUUUUCUUUUUACACACAAGUUAAAUGUGCACGUUACAUUGUCGAAUUUUCUUAGUUUGUCAAGAAGUAAGUUGAGAGAUUCUGGAAAAAUUGUGCAUUGAAAAAGCACCAUUUUUUGUAUCAUUUUGUUGAUGUGGGGUUAUGUAAAAGAAAUACAACAUGAAAAGUCGUCUGCAGUUUAUGUAAUGGCAUCGCUAAAAUGGAUGAAAUAUUGAUUCAACUUUUUAAAUGUGGUCAUCAUUAGAUGAGAAUACACUUCCUGUUUAUCUUGUGGCAACUGAUCUGCAAAUAAUGACAGUAUCAUCACGAUAAUAUACAGGUAUGUAAUCGCUGCAUUUAUUUGAUACAAUUGUAAAAUACAUUCGAGGACUGUGGUGUUUUGACCUCUAUUUUGAUAUUAAUCAUACUGACACGAUAAGAUAACCCUAAGUAUGAGACGACCCCAAAAACUAUUCAUUUUAAAACCACGUUUUCAUUAUCAGUAAAAUAACUGAUAGGUCACAAUAAACUGAUGAUGGAUCAUGAA